AUGUUUGCCCGGUCUGUGCUGCGGUUGCAAAAGGCUCCGCGGAUUGCGCGCGGUGUAGAUUUUUUGCGCAACCGUUUCACGAACAAAGCCUCUGCCUUCAGCAGAGAAGAGCGUGAGCACCUUGGUGUUGUGGGGCUGCUGCCGCCCGCGGUGGAGUCUAUUGACGACCAGGUGGAGCGGGUCUGGAAGCAGUUUAAGCGGCUCAACUCCCCCAUCAACCGCUAUCAGCUGCUGCGCGGAAUCAUGGACACAAACGUGACGCUGUUCUACAAAUUCGUGCAGGCGCACACGAAGGACUCGUUGCCCGUCAUUUAUACUCCGACAGUCGGUGAGGCCUGCGAGCGGUAUGGCGCCAUUUUUCAGCGGGACCACGGUCUGUACGUGAGUAUGCGGGAUAAGGGGAAUAUUAAGCAGAGCUUGAAAAACCUGCGCAAACCUAACAUUGACGUCAUUGUCAUCACGGAUGGCUCCCGCAUUCUCGGUCUUGGCGACCUCGGCGCGAACGGCAUGGGCAUCAGCAUCGGCAAGUGCUCCCUGUACGUUGCUGCAGGUGGCAUCAAACCAAGUCGUGUCUUGCCCGUUAUGCUGGACGCGGGCACGGAUAAUGAGAAACUUCGCAAUCAUCCACUCUAUCUGGGGGAACGCAGUCCGCGAUUCGCAGACGAGGAGUUCUACGCGGUGCUGGACGAGUUCAUGGAGGCGGCGAGCGCGGAGUGGCCGAACGCCGUCAUUCAGUUCGAGGACUUCAGCAACAACCACUGCUUCGACAUACUGCAGCGCUACCAGAAGAAGUACCGCUGCUUCAACGACGACAUUCAGGGCACGGGCGCGGUGAUUGCCGCCGGCUUCCUCAACGCUAUGGAGGUGAGCGGCGUUCCUGUGAAGAAUCAGCGCAUCGUAUUUUUGGGUGCCGGGUCUGCUGCCGUGGGCGUGGCGGAAACUAUUGUACAGCUUGCGGCCACACAGUUUUCCGUUCCUGUUGAGAAGAUGCGAGAAGCAGUGUACUUGGUGGAUUCGAAGGGUCUGGUGACGACGACCCGUGGCGAUGCAUUGGCGCCACACAAGCUGUUGUGGGCUCGUAAGGAUAUUGCCCCUGAACUUAACGAAUCACUCUCUACGCUGGUAGGCGUGGCGAGUCACGUUAAGCCGACGGCGUUGAUUGGGCUGGCCGCGGCCAGUGGUGCCUUUACGGAGGAGAUCGUCAGGAUGAUGGCUUCGUACUGUGCGCGUCCCAUAUUGUUUCCGUUGUCAAAUCCCUCGUCGAAAGCGGAAGUCAUUCCGGACGAUGCCUACAAGUGGACAGACGGUGCCGCGGUUGUGGCUUCUGGCAGUCCGUUUCCAUCCAGUCUCGUGAACGGUAAGGUGCUGAGUCCCUCGCAGGGUAACAACCUUUACAUUUUCCCUGGUGUCGGGCUUGGGUGCGCCAUCGCACAGCCACCACACAUUCCGCAAGAACUGUUCGUCGCGGCCGCGCAGGCACUCAGCCGCUUGGUGCCUCCAGAGGUUAUGCAGGUGGAGGGCAAAUUGUACCCGCCAAUCGAUGACGUCCGUAACGCGUCUAAGCACGUGGCGGUGGCAGUGAUUGAGGACCUGCAGCGCAAGGGCUUGGCAAAGGAGGAUCUUCCGAAGAACACAGCAGAACUCAUGAAAGUUGUGGAGGAGUUUAUGUGGGAGCCACGUUACUUGGAGCCUGAGUACUACUUGUCUAAGCGUUUCGACUAG